AGAAGGUCGGCCUGAGUAGAGAAUCCAAUACAUUUGAGGAUGGCCGAGCCUCUCCACACAAGCAGCAACGGAGGCGCUGAAGGGGGUGCGAACACUGGAUUUGCAUCAGAGAAGACACUGCCAUCGACAAAAAGGUUGCAGAGAUAUGAUUCACUGCACAUGGAAGCUGGAAAGAUCCCAGGUGGCCAAAGCCAUUUAGCCAAGGUUGGAUGGGCGACCACACUACACUUGGCCUUCCAGAGCAUAGGCGUGGUUUAUGGGGACAUGGGGACUUCUCCUCUCUACGUGUUUUCCAGCACCUUUACAAGUGGGAUCAAUGACACCAAUGACAUCCUUGGUGUUAUGUCUCUGAUUAUCUACACUGUGGCUCUCCUCCCAUUAAUAAAAUACUGUUUCAUUGUUUUGAGAGCAAAUGACAAUGGUGACGGUGGAACGUUUGCACUUUAUUCCUUGAUAUCUAGGUAUGCUAGGAUUAGCUUGAUACCCAAUCAGCAGGCAGAAGAUGCAAUGGUCUCACACUACAAGUUAGAGUCCCCCUCAAAUCGUGUCAAGCGGGCUCAUUGGAUUAAGCAAAAUAUGGAGAACAGUCCAAAAUUUAAGAUCAUGCUUUUCCUAGUAACGAUUCUGGCAACAUCUAUGGUGAUUGGCGACGGCGUACUAACUCCAUGUAUUUCAGUGCUUAGUGCUGUUGGGGGAAUCAAGCAAUCAGCAAAGUCCCUGAAUCAAGGACAAAUUGCUGGCAUCGCAAUCGCUAUUCUGAUUGUCCUCUUCCUUGUCCAGCGGUUUGGCACAGACAAAGUUGGUUACACAUUUGCCCCUAUAAUCUUGACAUGGUUCAUCUUUAUUGCUGGUAUUGGAGUUUAUAAUCUGUUCAAACAUGAUACUGGUGUUCUAAAAUCAUUCAAUCCAAAAUAUAUUGUGGACUAUUUUAAAAGAAAUGGAAAGCAAGGUUGGAUUUCCCUUGGAGGUGUUAUCUUAUGCAUUACAGGGACUGAAGCAAUGUUUGCUGACCUUGGUCACUUCGAUGUGAGAGCCAUUCAGAUUGGAUUUUCUGUAGUUCUCCUUCCUUCAGUACUACUGGCGUACAUUGGACAAGCUGCAUAUCUUCGCAUCUAUCCAGAACAUGUUGCGGAUACAUUCUACAAAUCAAUUCCAGGCCCACUAUAUUGGCCAACAUUUGUGGUGGCAGUCGCAGCUGCCAUAAUUGCAAGCCAGGCUAUGAUAUCUGGUGCAUUUGCAAUCAUUGCUCAGUCCCAAAUCCUAGGUUGUUUUCCACGAGUUCGUGUGACCCAUACUUCAACAAAGUUUCAUGGGCAAGUGUACAUUCCAGAGAUCAAUUAUCUAUUGAUGGUUUUGUGCGUCGUUGUUACAGCUAUUUUCCAAACUACAGACAAAAUUGGCAAUGCAUACGGAAUCGCUGUUGUCUUUGUGAUGUUUAUAACAACACUACUAGUCACUCUAGUGAUGGCCAUGAUAUGGAAGACAAGUCUUUUGUGGAUAGCACUCUUUCCAGUAAUAUUUGGUGGUGUGGAGCUCAUAUACUUAUCUUCGGCAUUCUACAAAUUUACUCAAGGUGGAUACUUGCCACUAGUUUUUGCUGCCAUUUUGAUGUUUAUAAUGGCCACAUGGCAUUAUGUCCAUGUUCAUCGGUACAAAUAUGAGCUCAAGAACAAAGUGUCAAGCAAUUAUGUGUCAGAGUUGGCAUUAAGGCGAAAUCUUGCCAGGCUGCCAGGAAUAGGUUUUCUAUACUCAGAACUUGUGCAGGGCAUCCCACCCAUACUUCCUCACUUGGUAGAAAAGGUACCUUCCAUCCAUUCGGUACUUGUGAUUAUCUCCAUAAAGUACUUACCAAUCAGCAAGAUAGAAACAAAGGAACGGUUCCUCUUCCGAUAUGUGGAACCAAAAGAAUACAGAGUAUUCCGAUGUGUGGUACGCUAUGGAUACAAUGAUAAAGUAGAAGAUCCAGGAGAAUUUGAGAGCUUGGUCAUUGAAAACUUGAAGCAAUUCAUCCACGAGGAAUCCUUCUACAGCCAAAGUAGCCAUUCACUUGAAGGAGAACCAAUCCAAGAAUUAGGAGAUGUAGUGAACCCCGCCACUGAAGCUCAAGAUUCAAUGUUGUCCAGAAAUAAUGCAUACCAACACACAGCUGAUCCAAGAAAUGGAUGCAUGGAUGUGAUACAAUCAAUUCACAACGAAAUGGGGAAUGGUGUUGUCCAUCUUCUGGGAGAAACCAAUGUGGUGGCAGAAUCGAAUGCUGAUUUACUUAAGAAAAUAAUAGUUGAUUAUGUGUACAAUUUCAUUAGGAAGAACUUCAGGCAACCAGAGAAGAUCAUAUGUGUUCCUCAUAACAGACUGUUGCGGGUAGGAAUGACGUAUGAGAUCUAGAAGGAUGGCGCUGGGCUUAAUAUGAGUAUCUGAGUAAAUUCUCCGAGAUUAUCACACAAAAGACACUGCUUUUAGUGCUGGGUGAGGAAAUGCACAAGAAAAGAAAGGAGGGGGCGAGUAAUCAGCCUUCCUGACCAUAUGACAGAACUAGAGUACACUUAAUGGGUGUAUACCACGAAAGUGCCUACUAGAAAUAAGCAUGUACAGAGGUCAUCGAUUAAGCUCUUGCUGAGAGUAUUAGGUUGUUUUAUUUUGGAGAACCAAAUCUUGUAAUAUGUAAUAUAUAUUUUAUAUUUGUAUAGUAGGCAUAUACACAAGAAAAUGAAGAAUAACUUGAUAUAUUUUAUCAAUCAUGACAUAGACUCGUAAACUUUGCAUGAAAUAUGUCCUAGAG